CUUGUAGUUUCUCUGCAUUUAACACUGUGUUCUAUACAAUGCAUGGAACUAAAAGAUUGGUUUGUGCAACUGUUUUGGACGUCAUUGGCACAAAAUAUGUAAUAAAUGAUCUUCUAUGUUUUCUUUCCAAUUACUCGCACCUCAUGUUUAGUGAACUGUUCUCUCUCUGCCUGGAAACAUAUACAUUUGAAGAGGUUAAAAAUUCCUUUGGGAUUCUGAACACUGCUUGUGAAAUUCAGUCAAAAAGCAAGCAAAUGACAAAACAGCAAACUUUAACAGAGCUAGUCAAAUUAUUCCAGACUUCAGUCCCAAAUGCUUGCUUUCUCUCUCAAGGUUUACAUGUACCAAACAUGUACAACCCCCAAGCUAAAAACAAGAUGCAAAUAUUCACUGAAAAACUCGACGCUAUUUGUAAGAAGUUAAACAAAGAAUACUACCAACAUUUGGGCUCCUUAAAACAACUAUCUGACACUAUAGAGCAUUUUGAAGAAAGCACUCAAUUUUCAAAACAAAACUCAAUCAUAGAAUAUGUUCAAAAUUAUGUACCCAUUGAGGAGACUACUUCAUCAUUAAAACAAAACUCAAACAUAGAUAAUGCUAAAAAAUGUCAAAACCUUCCACCCAUACCUCCCCUACCACAAAUACAGGCUGUAGAAAAAACACCAGCUCAUACACAACUAGAAGACAAUACCAACACACAGGAUUUCACCAUACUAAAUGUAACAUCUAUGGAUUCUAUGCCCCAAGUUACGUUAACAGAUUUGAAUGCAACACCUAUACCAAGAAAAAAAACAAGAGAAAACACCAAGACAGUUUCUACAUUACAAGACGAGCCAUUACAGGACUUUGCUUCUCCUUCCACCCUAUUGCAUGGAAAUAAAAGAGGAAAUUUCAAGCAGUACCAAUUUUCCAGUUCAACAAAUAGUAGCAGAAAAGCAGACUGUGACCAAUUCACCAGUUGUGCAUUCAGAAGAUGUUAAAAAAGAAAGGGUUGCAAAUUCUACAAUGGAAUUUGAAUUUAAUUUAAACGCCAAUGAAGAAAACUCAACUGCUACAAUUCCUGAUCAACAAGAGGUCCAGGGCCAAAGUACAUGUAAUAACAACGUUGAGCGACUUAAGCCUGAUGUACUGAAUGUUUCUACCAUUGCCGAAAAUCUAAAACAAUCCUCAAAAAAGAAUAAAAAAAAGAAAAAGAAGAAGCAGUAUGUUUGCAAAAUAUGCAAAUCGUUAUUUGAACAGCGGGCUCAAUUUCGUCAGCACAUUAAAGUUCACUCAGAAAUAAAACCAUACAAAUGUGAAAUGUGUCCGAAGGGCUUUGGAAGAUUGAAAAGCUUGAACCAACAUAAAAUUACUCAUAAUAUUUUCUCUUGUCAGGAUUGUAAUGGUGUAUUUACACAAAAAUCAGACCUAGACCAGCACCACACACCUGAUCACUGCCCCCACUUUCAAAAGCAAGUAACAACGUGCCUGAUUUGUGGUCAAAAGUAUAAACGAAAAUCUUCCCUUUCUAAGCAUAUGCGGGAAAAACAUAAUAUAUAUUUAGCCACAGGUGGUUCUACUGAUACUUUAAGUGAUUUGCCUUCUAACAAAGCUGUCCCAAGACCUGCAAAAAAAUUAUGUUACAUCUUGCCCAAGGAGCCACAAAAGUUAUAAGAUUUUUAUAUACCAGGGUUAUGAUAGAACGAUAGAUUAUUUUUUUAAACAAAAAGAGAUAUUAAGUGAUAAAAGUCAUAGUAUACUGAAGUGCUGGCAUUUUAUUGCAAUAGAGUAGUACAUUUUUUGCAUUCUUCCGUUUUAACCAAAUUUUUGUUUAAAUUACAUAUUUAAUCGAGAAUAUUAUUGCAGAAACUAAAUGUAACUGAUGUUUUUUUACAAACUUUCUGGUGUUUGCUUUUAAAUACAAUUUCUUUGUUUGCUAUACAGUUUGCAAUCAACAAAACUCUUUCCUAAAUUUUUAAUGUUUUAGCCUAGUUUUUUACUAUGUUCAGCUUUUAAAUGGUUUUAAUUAUUAGGUUGCAUGCAAAUCAGAGCAAAGUGUAUUCUAUAGGGAUCAUUGUGGUGUAUUUAUAAGCUCAGGUAUAUAGGUGUAAGCUAGACUUAGGGGGAAUUUAUAAUAUAAAAUGUUAGGGUCUUUUAUCGACAAGCGAAAAAGAAAGAACGAAUAUUAUGUUAGUUAGUGAUCGUCUUGGCUGUGCAAUGCGUAUAAUAAACACUGUCCGGGGGUUCUUUAAUCUCUUUCAGCAAAUACUGUUGUUUACUUUGCGACCCACGAAAAACAGCGUUAUUUACUUAUUUACAUACGGCGGCACAACAAGCGCAGCAAAUAUAAAAAAAUGUUGAAGUUUGGCCGAUCG